AUGGCGGGCCAAAGCCAGCGUUUGAACGUUGUUCCAACCGUUACAAUGCUUGCAGUUGUGAAGAAUCGUCUCACCGGUGCAACAAGAGGUCAUGCUCUUUUAAAAAAGAAAAGUGAUGCACUAACCGUACAAUUCCGCCAAAUCCUCAAGAAAAUUGUCUCCACUAAAGAAUCAAUGGGGACAGUUAUGAAAUCUUCUGCAUUUGCCUUAACAGAAGCCAAGUAUGUUGCAGGCGAAAACAUAAAACAUAUUGUGCUGGAGAAUGUCCAAAGUGCAUCUGUUAGAGUCCGGUCACGCCAAGAGAAUGUUGCAGGCGUUAAGCUCCCGAAGUUUGAGUAUUUCACGGAAGGUGAGAUGACAAAGAGUGAUCUGACCGGGCUAGCGAGAGGAGGGAUGCAAGUGCAGGGUUGUCGUGUUGCUUAUGUGAAAGCUAUUGAGGUUCUUGUUGAUCUUGCGUCUCUCCAAACAUCGUUUCUGACCCUUGAUGGUGCGAUCAAGACCACGAAUCGUAGGGUCAACGCGUUGGAGAAUGUUGUGAAGCCAAGGUUGGAGAACACCGUGGUUUAUAUUAAAGGCGAGUUGGAUGAGCUGGAGAGGGAGGAUUUCUUUAGAUUGAAGAAGGUACAAGGGUAUAAAAAGAGAGAGAUUGAUCAAAAGCAAAAGGAAUCUGCUAAAAAGUUGAACUUUAUCAAUGAUGUUUCUCCAAAGAAAAAAUCACCUAAUUUGUUAUCUGGUGCUCAAAAGAAAGAUGAAGACAUAAUAUUUUAA